AUGUUGUUUUCAUUGCUAACUGGUAUUCAUUUUAUUUCUUCUGCAUUCUUUCUUUACUUCUCCAUUUUCAUUUUCUUUCUUUUUCUUUCAUUCUGCCCUCAUUCAUAUUCAUUCUAUUUCUUCUUUCUUUUUGUCCUAUGCAUUCAUUUUAUUUCUUUUUCUUUCUUUCUGUCUUUCUUCACAUUCAUUUUAUUUCCUUUCUUUCUGUCCUUCUCCAUAUUUGUUUUAUUUCUUCUUUCUUUCUGUUCUUCUAUACAUGCACCUUCUUCCUAUUUCUUUCCUUCUCCACAUUCACUUUAUUUCUUUUUCUUUCUUUCUGUCCUUCUCCACAUUUGCUUUAUUUCUUCUUUCUUUCCUCACAUACAUUUUCUUUCUUUUUCUUUCAUUCUGUCCUUCUAUGCAUUCAUUUUAUUUCCUCACCAUUUUUCCUUCUUUCAUUACAUUCAUAUUAUUAUUUAUUAUUUUUCAUUCUUUUUUCUUCACUACAUUCAUUCUGUUCAUUCUUCAUUUUUCUUUUUAUCCUUCUUUUGUCAUUUAUUUUAUUACUUCUCCAUUCUUUUUUCAUUCUCUGCAUUCAUUUUAUUUUUUCAUUCAUUACUUACAUCUUCAUAUUCAUUUUAUUUUUUCUCUAUUCAUUCUUUCCUUCUCUACAUACAUUUUAUAUCUUUUUCUUUCUUUCUUUCUUUCUUUCAUUCUUUCUUUCUUUCUUUCUUUCUUUCUUUCUUUCUUUCUUUCUUUCUUUACAUUCAUUCUAUUUCUUCUCUAUUUUUCUUUCUUUCUCUACUUUUUCUAUUUCUUCAUCCAUUAUUUACAUAUUUAUAUUCAUUUUUUUUUCUUUCUCUACAUUUAUUUUAUUUCUUUCUUACCUUCUCUACAUUCUUUUUAUUUUUUCUUCUUUUUUUUGUCUUUCUUUGUAUUCAUUUUAUUUCUUCUCCUUUUUUUUCAUUCCCUGCAUUCACUUCUAGUUUUUCAUUCAUUAUUAUAUCUUUUUAUUUCGUCUCUACAUUCAUUUUAUUUCAUUCAGUCUUAACUUUUUGCAAUCCUUUUACUUCUAAAUUAUUCCUUCUUUCUAUAUUUUUCUUUUUCAUUUUUUCUUUAGAUUUUUUCUUUAAUAUUUUUAGUUACUCUCUUUUACUUUCAUUCUACUUUCUCAUUUUCAAUCUUUCUUUCUCAUUCUCCCUCUCCCUCCUCUUUAAUUUUUCUUUUCUUUUUCUGUCUCUUAUUAUCCCUAUGAUUUCUUUGAUAUUUUCUCAUCUAUUUUUAUCAUUUUAUUUCAUUCAUACUUCAUUUUUUACAAUCCUUUUACUUCUAAAUUAUUCAUAUUUUCUAUAUUUUUCUUUUCAAAUCUUUCUUUUGAUUUUUCUUUAUUAUUUUCAGUUACUCUCUUUUACUUUCAUUCUACUUUCACUUUUUCAAUCUUUCUUUUUCAUUCCCCCCUCUCCCUCCUCUUUAAUUUUUCUUUUCCUUUUCUGUCUAUUAUUAUUUCUACCUUUUCUUUGA